AUGCUUGCUACACCGAGCCUGUCCAGCUUCGACAAACCCUCUCUUCCAUCCUCGGAAGGAGGUGAUCCCGCCCUUGCAGCUCGCCUGCAACCACUGUAUUCGAGGUUUCUCACGGAUCUUGAUCUACAGCCGGAAUAUAGACGUCACGAAAGCGAGAAGCUUAUGGAGGAGGUGCUCAAAUUUGCGAAGAGUACCGGUGUACCUCAUGAUCUCAACUCCCAUUCCUAUCAAAGUCUCAUGGUUGGAUACACAUACGCCGAUAACUGCCUCCCAUAUCAUGACAUGGAAGUCAAGGUUUAUGUAGCCAUCUACACAUGGCUGGCAACUAUUUGCGAUGACGCCGAGGCACUAGGCAUUAUUGAUGAUGUUCAAUUGUUCGAACAACGCUUUAUUCUCGGAGAGGAACAGCCUACGGUCCUCCUCAGGGCUUUUGCCGACCAACUCAAGCUCACCUAUAAGCUGUACCACCCACUUGUUGCGAAUCUGAUUCUUUGCUCCUCUCUCAAUCUACUCACUUCUACAUCGCUUGUGGCUCGCAAGGGUAUUAAGGACAAGGGUGAUCAUCCAUCAAAGGGAGGCAACUACUUCGCCUGGUACAUCCGGGAACGGGAUGGCGUCGGUGAAGCCUAUUCUUGGUUUACCUUCCCCAAACGGCAAUUCCCCAACCUGGACAUUCCUAUCGAAGCUAUUGAAGAUAUGACACGAUUCAUUGCCUAUCUCAAUGAUGUUUUAUCAUUUUACAAAGAGUCCCUGGCUGGCGAGACACACAACUACAUCAACACUACGGCUGCGUAUGAGGGUGUUGAUUCGGAUGCUGCGCUUCAUAAAACUGCUCAAGACACCAUAGACUGUGCCCGCCGCAUUGAGAGUGUUCUCGCAGGCAAGGGCGAGUAUGAGAAAGCGUGGCGACUUCAUGCAUCCGGAUACCUCCAAAUGCACGUCCAGAGAGGUCGCUACAGGCUUGUGGAGGUGGGUGUUGGUGAUGCGCCAGAUGUGCAUGAAGUCAUCAAGAAGAUUUGA